GAUUAGUAUUCAUGCACCAUAGUAUCUUCAUUGGCGAGGAGGUAAACCAAAUUUCUUAAAACUAUCUCCUUAAAAUAUUAUUGCGGAUUAAGUAUGUUACUUGGAAAAUAAUAAUAAUAAUAAUAAUAAUAAUAAUAAAGAAUAAAUAAAGAAUAUACAUAAAGAUCAGGCAGGAGCUGAUCCUGAUGGUGCUCAAACUUAGCUAUCUCCUGUGAUAUUCCUCAUCAAUGCCCAGAUGGGUUUUCCCCUAAGAUAUUCAUUUGUUCUGGUAAUGGCGGAUAAUUUGCUCUUCAGCCCCUUCAGAUUCAGCUCAUGUUGGAUCAAUAUCACCAUUAUUGAAGGACUUUUAACCUAGUUUGCUUUUCCAUUUUUGGAAUUCAUGCAUUGUAAACUUGCAGAUACGAGCUGUCACAGAUUUUACACUAGCACAUAAGGUUCUUCCAUGCACGAGCCAAAGGAUAUGAUCCUUCGGCAUUUGGACAUAACGAGCAGAGAAAAAAGAAAAAAUAAAAAUUAAAAUUAAGUGUUAGACUAUUAUUAUUAUGAUUAUGUGAAAGUAAACGAAAAUGUGAAUUUUAGAUAUGUAGGCAUAGCAUGUAUCUUUUAUGAGGUUCAUCCUGGUCUAUAGCUGACCUAGUCACGACGUUAGACUGAUUUUACUAUUUUAUUUUUCAGUUCUAUCAUUGAAAACUUAAAAGUGAAGGAUUGGGUGUCCCCGAGAGGACCACUGAUAUUAUUGAUGUUAUCAAAGAAAUUAAUAAGCCAUAUAACAUAAUUAAUUGAUUAAAUUACAUUAUCUAAUGGAAACAAAUUUAGUGGUCCCCAUAUUCACCGAAAAAAAUAUUAGUGGUCCUCAUACGUACACAAUGCAUGUCAAUGUAAUACUUUUGUCUCUUAUGCAAUAUCCAUAUUGAUUUCCAGCUUGAAAAGUCCUAAAGAUUCUUUUCUUCUAUCCCAAACAAUAGCUACGCGUUUGUAGAUCCAUAUGUAAUACAAAAACGUAUAUGUAUAAAACUUGUACCGGUGCUUAAUAUUUUAUAGUUACAUGAUCUCGAUCCCAUUUCUUAUAUUUUCAGUUAAUUCUUUCAGCACCUUAAUUUCUUUGACAACUAGUACAUGUUUUUGGAUGAUUUCUUCCUUGUAUAAAUAUGGGAAAAAACCCACAAUGCCAAAUUGCAUUAGAAUUUAAAUUGCCUUGUUGAAAUAUAUGAAUAGCAAAGUCACAACCAAAAUGGAAUUGGUUGAAACAAUAUCCAGAGAGACCAUUCGACCAUUCUCUCCAACCCCACCAGAAAAAAGACUUUACAACCUCUCUUUCCUCGACCAUUUCAAUCCCAGCAUAUAUGUUCCAAUUGUUUACUUCUACACCAACCAAAGCUCUGAUAUUGGUUCAAUCAAUAGCAGUAACAUAUCCAAUCAGCUCAAGAAAUCUCUCUCCAAGGCACUAGCCCUGUACUACCCAUUUGCUGGAAGGAUCAAAGAUCGAGUUUCCAUCGAUUGCAACGACGAUGGAGUUGUGUUUGUGGAAACAAGAAUCAAGUGCAAGCUUUCAGAAGUCCUUGAGAACCCUAAGGAGGAGAUUCUGGAGUUGUUAUUUGCUGACAGAUUGCAGUGGAAAGAUUGGAGUUCGAAUAGCUUCUUGGCUAUUCAGAUAAGCUUUUUUGAGAGUGGAGGAAUAGCAAUCGGUUUCUGUAUUUCACACAAACUAGCUGACACAGCCACUAUGAUCAACUUCAUCAACCUCUGGGCUUCCAUAGCUCGUAACUCAGGCGUUGAUCAUCAAGAAACUUUGUUUCCCGAGUUCAACGCCGCAUCUAGGUUUCCUCAUCAUGAUGAUCUACCUUUGAUACCCGAAGCAAAAAUCGCGAAAGGGAAUUCUCACUCCAAGAGGUUCGUAUUCACUGCCUCAAAGAUUGAUGCUCUCAAGGCCGAAGUGGCUGACAAAGUGCAAAACCCAUCGCGUGUUGAAGUUGUCACGGCAAUCAUACACAAAGCCGCCAUAUCUGCAUCCAAGUCAAGCUCUGGAGGUUCUUCAAACCCUAACGUUUUGGUCCAGUCAGUGAAUAUGCGAACUAGAACGAACCCGCCACUGCCCGAAACAUCAGUGGGCAACAUGUCUUGGUUCUAUGCAGUGCCCUCCAUGGGAGAGAAGGAGAUAAAGCUUCAUGAUUUGGUGGGAAAAUUAAAGGAAAGCUUGACGAGUUUCUGCAAGAAAUAUGCAGAGAGAUUCAUAGGAAAAGAUUGGUCUAAGCUCAUCAUGGAGUGCAUGAAAGAUACUAAGCAAUUGUUUCAUGGUAAUAAUCUGGUUGUAUAUCGGUAUAGUAGCUGGUGCAGGUUUCCUUUAUACGAAGCAGAUUUCGGGUGGGGAAAACCGAUAUGGGUGACAAUUGGAAGCUGUGAGCUGAAGAACUCCAUAAUCAUGAUGGAUACAAGAGGUGGAGAUGGGAUUGAAGCAAUAGUGAAUCUGGAGAAGGAAGACAUGGAUGUGUUCGAGAAUGACUUGGAGCUCCUUCAGUUUGCUUCUUUGAAUCCAGGUGCUAUAAUGGUGGAGUAAUAGUGUGACCACUUUCGUUCUGAUUCUGAUUUUUUUUUUUUUUUUUUUUUUAAUUUCCUGCCUUGACUUCUUCUGUGUGUCCAUUUUAUAAGAAAAAAAUAAAAAAUCUUAUGUGUGCAGGAUAAACCUUGCAUGUUAAGGCAUCAAUGAGCUUAUGAUUUAAAAAAAUGCGUAUUGAACAUCAUCAUCAACAUCAUUAUUAUUAUUA